AUGCCUGCAAUGCUGGAUGACCCUACGGCGCCCGCCAUCUACCGCACGUCUGGCGAUGCGCCGUAUCCCACUCCAUAUGCCCCGCUGCCUGCCAACAUCGUCCCUCGCCAGGUCACUCUGCGCGAUCGUUCAACCACGGCCACCCUCGUGCCUUUUUCUUCUCCCGACCAAGUCCCCAAGACACUGCUGCACUACCUAUGCGCUCUCCUCAACCGCGAGAUCGACAAGGGCGAUACAUACCCUAUGAUCAAUGAGCUUCCACUCGAGUCAUUCGGCCCUUACUGGUUCGCAAACUUUGGUGCUGUCAUGCUGCUGGGCAAUGUGACCAAUGUCGACCACGUCUGGCACAUGGAGAAGGAGGGCAUCGAUUGGUCCAAGCAAUGCUUGGGCAGCUUCUACAUCAAACCCAACUACCCUGGUCGCUCCAGCCAUGUAUGCAAUGGUGGCUUCCUGGUUAGUGACGUUGCGAGAAACAGAGGUGUAGGUCGCUUGAUGGGUGAGGGAUAUCUGGACUGGGCUCCACAGCUGGGAUACUCGUACUCGGUCUUCAACCUCGUCUAUGAGACCAACAUUGCCUCGGCCAGGAUCUGGGACGCUCUGGGCUUCAAGCGCAUUGGUCGCGUGCCUGGCUGCGGUAACCUCAAGUCCUCUGACCACCUCGUCGAUGCCAUCAUCUUCGGCCGCGAUCUCAACGGCGAAGCCGAGGACUAUCUGUCCGAAGAGCGCUUCGACAAGAUCCGCUACUACCUCAAGACAGGCAACUACCCCAAUGGCGCCGACCGCGCCGAAAAAAGCAGACUCCGCAGCGCAGGCGCCCACUACCGUCUCGUCUCCGACCCCAACGGCGGCGAAGAAAAACUCAUGCUCAAAGACAAGGAAGUCAUCAGUGACCCUCAGAAACAAUACGAGAUUGCGUUGAAAUCGCACGCUGCUACUCAUGCAGGUAUCAACAAGACUACUGCAUCGAUUGCGGAGCGCUACCAUUGGAUUCGCAUCAAGGAGACGGUGUCGCAAGCUAUCCGCAACUGUACGAACUGCAAGGAAACUGCU